AAAGUGCCAUGUGUUACGAUAUUAGGGAGAUAACGAAUCAGAUAAAACUCCAUAUCAACUAAAAUAUUAACGGCGACACACACCAUCACACGCGAUAAGGAGAGACGGUAAAAGGACCAUGCGUGUAAACACCCUCUCGCUCUUCGCUAUUUUGGGAAUGGCAUUAACCACACGGGGAAAUGUACACAGUAAACCCGUGGAAACCUUCGACUACGCCAUAGAAGAAGGUAUAGUGUAUCGGGCUGCUGUGUUGGAGUACAGAGCUUAUGAUGAUAUGGCGGAAGGCGGGCUGGCUGUGUUGAGAGAAAAUGCUCGGGUUUUCGUCGAGUACGCGGAGGCAGCUAAGCAACAGGGCGCAGACAUCCUUGUGUUCCCAGAGUACGGCCUCACCGGGUCGACGGCAGACACGCUCGGCGACGUCAUGAGCAAAACGCAAGCACUGCCCGACCCAGGCGCAGGCACCGUCCUUUGCAACAGCACUGAUACGUCCGACGCUAUUGAGGUGUGUUUUGACAUUCUCUACGGGGGACCAGGAACAAGCAAUGUGGUCGAACGAGGGGUCACCGAUGUUAUAAUGAGCAGUUACUGGGUGGAUGAGCUGCCUUUUCUUACCGCUCCUCAAAUGUGGCAGAGCUGGAGCGAGGGGCUGGCCGUCAAUCUGGUGGUCGCCAACUUCCACAGCCCGGAAGACGGCGCUCUCGGCUCCGGCAUAUUCCGCGGUCUAACUUCGCAAGAGAGCCUGUACACGUACGACCCCAACGGCGGGACCAAGCUUCUGGUUGGGGAGGUUGUGAGUCGUGGCGCCACACCGCUGAGGACUUCGACUGGCCGCUACGACGACGCUACGACGCCCGAGGGAACGACGGGGGUGGGCAGUGAUGUUACUGUGAAUCAGUCGUCCUCCCAAGCAGUUCCUGUGAGAGAGGAAGUUGCCUUGGGCGUCCAUCAGGAAGCGUCUUGGAUCCCCACCGAUGACGGGGAUGUUGAGGCAGAAGAGAGGAAUGCCCAACCCGAGGCAGAAGGAAGGGAAAUCCUCACCGGUUGGUUCUUUUUGCACGAAGACCUUGGGCGGUAUUCAAAUCACGCGCUUGAGAGAGGGGACGGUGUAAUGGAGAGGAGUCUUUGUCACAACGACAGUCUCUGUUGCUCUGUGACGUAUUCCUUCCCCGCCGAUCCCACGGACGAGUCUUCCUUCCUGCUCCUAGCGUACAGUGGCGUGGCGGAGAAAGGAGAUGGGGCGUACUCACUAUUUACACAAGUCUGCGCUGUCGUGUACUGCUUGAACGAAAACGUGACGUCCUGCGCGCGCAUCGAAGAAAACGGGGCUCCACAGAAAACGUCUUUCCGCGCUCACAACCUCACGGGGGACUUCGAUACUCCUUACAUAUACCCUUCCGUGUUCACCCAAGAGCUCGAGCUCGUCGACAUAUCUCUGUGGGACUUCGAGUCUUCGGUUUCAAGUGAGAAGAUGGUGACGAGUACGCUGGUUUUGCACGAGGAACUAGAUUACCUGCUGUCACUUCGACUAUUUGGACGUUGGUUCGAUAGGGACCCUUAGUAUAUAUGUUUGGUUUAUACAAUUCGAUUUUUGUCGCAUUCAUAAUACGUCUAUGAUCACUUAAGCACUCGUGCCGGAGCAGCCAAGAAAUAUAAAAGGCAAUUAAAUAACAUGCAGCAUAGUUC